UAGAUCCUUAAAGAGAUGAAGGACACUGGAAUAUCCUUGAGGUUAUUUAUUAUUCUUGGGGGAAGUGUGAGGGACAGAAUCCUCAGGAGUACCUGGAAACCUCUCACUGGAUGUUCCUCUGGGCUCCGAGCCCCACACUUCCUCGGGCUCCGCCUUUCCGGCACAAUUUCUCAGGGCCCAGGCUGGAGCUCAGCGGCACUAAAAGGCGGCAGAUUCCCAGUGAGUAAUGGUAGUGAAGAAGUGACAUUUACAAGACUCAUGGCAGACAAAAGACAGCGGGCAAGGGUGCAAGGUGCAUGGGCAGACCCCAAUAGGACCACUGUAAGAUCACAUCAAGUUCACAGAAAUUCUUCAGAAAAUGUUGCUGGAAUACACCGGCUACCAAAUCAACGAGCUGCAGCUGAUGGAAGAUUUGUCUUUCAAAAUCCAACAGAGGCAUUAUGUGACAAAAUCAAAGAAGGUUUUUAUGAAAUUAGCAGUGGGCCAACAGGAGUUUCCAGACUGCAUCUAAAGCCUGGUUUUAUUGACCCAAAAGAAGCUGAUUGGAUGUUUGAACAGCUGUAUGCGGAAAUACCCUGGCAGCAAAAAUCGAACAUCAGAGAGGGUAGAUCAUAUCAAGAGCCGCGACUGACAGCCUGGUAUGGAGACCUUCCUUACACAUACUCCCGCACAGCUAUGAAAUCAAACCCUCAUUGGCAUCCUCUGCUGAUUAUGCUGAAAGAUCACAUUGAGAAAGUAACAGGGUACACCUUUAAUUCUCUUCUUUGCAAUCUGUACCGAAAUGGCAAAGACAGCAUUGAUUGGCACAGUGAUGAUGAACCAUCACUGGGACAGAAACCUAUCAUUGCAUCACUUAGCUUUGGAGACACCAGAAACUUCGAAAUGAGAAAAAAGCCACCACCAGAAGAUAAAGGAGAUUAUACAUAUGUAGAAAGAAUUCGGAUCCCACUGAGCCAUGGGUGUUUGUUGGUAAUGGAAGGAGAAACUCAGAAGGAGUGGCAGUGCAGAAAUUCUGCUGUGAAUAUCUUCAGGACUGCCAGCAACUUUCAGUACAACUCGCUGUAA